AUGCGUCCCCCCCGAGCCUGCGUAUGCCCUCCCCGACGUUGCCCCGGAGCCUUCGCGCCGGUCGAGGCGCCUGACGGUGCCGUCGUCGCCACACGACAGGACUGUGGAGUCGUCGCCCGCGUCGACCACCAGGCGCUGCGCGGCGCCCGCGUGGAGGGACCACGCCUGGGUCACCCGCUCGGCGCGGGCGUCCACCAGGCACACGCUGCCGUCCAUGGGAGCAGGACGCGAGCAGCUCUGGCGCGAGGAACUUGCAGCAGAAUAUGUUGCCCUGCCUGGUGGGCAGUGCGCAGGCGGGCGGCGAGCUGGAGUUCAGAAGAGUGGUCCCAAAGGCAGAGGUGCGCGUCGUCGCUGCCGGAGCAGAGCACCGAGCCGUCGCUGCGCCAGGCCACGGCGUUGACGCAACCCUCCCUCGUGGCCCUCCAGGGCGCGGUCGACCUGGAGCCUCGGGCAACACCAGGCCUCGAGGCCGCGCCGCGCCUGGGCGCGCCGGCAGCGCCUCCCGCGGGCCUGGAGGGGCAACGACACCGAGUCUUACGCACGAUGGCAUAG